AUGCGCCCCGAAGUCGAGCAGGAGCUCGCCCACACGCUCCUCGUCGAGCUAUUGGCAUACCAGUUUGCCUCGCCCGUCAGAUGGAUUGAGACCCAAGAUGUCAUCCUCGCCGAGAAGACAACGGAGAGGAUCGUCGAAAUCGGUCCCAACGACACCCUCGGCGUCAUGGCCAAGAGGACCCUCGCCUCCAAGUACGAAGCCUACGACUCUGCAAAGUCCCUGCAGCGACAGAUUCUCUGCUACAAUAAGGAUGCAAAGGAGAUCUACUACGAUGUCGACCCCGUGGAGGACGAGCCCGAGCCGGUAGCUGCUUCGGCCGCGUCGCCAGCACCAUCAUCAUCCGCUCCAGCUGCAGGCUCAGCGCCCGUGGCUGCCGCACCACCUCCCAGCGCUGGCCCAGCCGCGCAGGUUCCUGAUGCUCCUGUUGGAGCCGUCGAUAUCGUACGGUCCCUGAUUGCUCAGAAGCUAAAGAAGCCCCUUGCGGAAAUUCCUCUCAGCAAGGCAAUCAAAGACUUAGUGGGUGGUAAAUCUACCCUUCAAAACGAAAUCCUCGGUGACUUGGGGAAAGAAUUCGGCUCCACCCCCGAAAAACCAGAAGAUACUCCCCUCGAUGAAUUAGGAGCCGCCAUGCAGGCAACGUUCAACGGCCAGCUCGGAAAGCAGUCAUCCUCCCUAAUUGCAAGAUUAAUAUCCUCGAAGAUGCCUGGUGGCUUCAACAUUACCGCAGCCCGAAAGUAUUUGGAGUCAAGAUGGGGUCUGGGUCCGGGGCGACAAGAUGGGGUGCUGCUGCUGGCUCUUACCAUGGAGCCUCCUGCGCGUUUGGGCUCAGAAAAUGAUGCCAAGGCGUUCUUGGAUGAUGUAUCACAAAAGUAUGCGGCAACUGCAGGAAUCAACUUGUCGACGCCAGCUGCUGGGGGAGAUGCAGGCGGUGCUGGGGCCGGCAUGAUGAUGGACCCGGCCGCCAUUGAUGCGUUGACCAAAGACCAACGAGCUCUUUUCAAACAGCAGCUGGAGCUCUUUGCUAGAUAUUUGAAGAUGGACCUGCGAGCCGGGGAUAAGGCCUUUCUUGGCUCCCAACAAUCGUCUAACGCCCUCCAAGCUCAGCUUGAUCUGUGGAACGUGGAACAUGGAGACUUCUAUGCCUCGGGUAUUGAGCCGGUUUUCAGCUCACUAAAAGCAAGAGUUUACGACUCCUCGUGGAAUUGGGCACGGCAGGACGCCCUAACCAUGUACUACGACAUCAUUUUUGGGCGUCUGCAUGCCAUUGAUCGUGAGAUCGUCAGCCAGUGCAUCCGCAUCAUGAACCGCUCCAACCCGACCCUUCUUGACUUUAUGCAGUACCACAUCGACAAUUGCCCCACUGAGCGAGGCGAGACCUACAAGCUAGCAAAGGUGCUUGGCCAGCAAUUAAUCGAGAACUGCAAAGAGGUUCUGGGCGUCGCUCCUUGCUACAAGGACGUUUCUGUUCCCACCGCACCACAUACCACCAUAGAUGCACGCGGAAAUCUCAAUUAUGCAGAGAUUCCUCGGACCAGCGUCCGCAAGCUUGAGCAUUACGUCCGGGAGAUGGCUGAAGGAGGCAAGAUUUCGGAAUACGGCAACCGAACGAAGGUGCAGAGCGACCUCAGCAGGAUCUACAAGCUCAUCAAACAGCAGCACAAACUUUCCAAAGCGUCCCAACUUCAAAUCAAGAGUCUCUAUGAGGAUGUCAUCCGCUCCCUGGCAAUGAAUGAAGGCCAGAUUAUCCCAAAGGAGAAUGCCAAUGGCAAGCUGGCUGCAGCGAAGAAGAACGUGCCUCGCGCAAAUGGUCCGGCCAAGACUGGAAAGGUCGAAACCAUCCCAUUCCUACACUUGAAGAGAAAGGACGAACAUGGAUGGGAGUAUAGUAAAAAGCUCACCGGCCUGUAUCUUGACGGCUUAGAGCAAGCUGCCAAGUCUGGCGUGACAUUCCAAGGCAAAAAUGCCCUGAUGACAGGUGCUGGAGCCGGCUCCAUUGGUGCCGAGGUCCUACAGGGCCUAAUCAGCGGCGGCGCAAAGGUUGUGGUUACUACCAGCCGCUUCUCCCGAGAGGUCACCGAGUACUACCAAUCGAUGUACGCUCGGUACGGUUCUCGGGGCUCGCAGCUUAUCGUUGUUCCAUUCAACCAGGGCAGCAAACAGGAUGUUGAAGCUUUGGUUGAGUAUAUCUAUGACCCUAAGAAGGGUCUUGGAUGGGAUCUCGACUUUGUUGUCCCAUUUGCCGCUAUCCCCGAGAAUGGCCGCGAGAUUGAUAGCAUCGACUCCAAAUCCGAGUUGGCUCACCGCAUUAUGUUAACCAACCUCCUCCGCCUCCUUGGAUGCGUCAAGGCUCAGAAGGCUGAGCGAGGAUUUGAGACUCGACCUGCCCAGGUAGUCUUGCCUUUGUCUCCCAACCACGGCACCUUCGGUAAUGAUGGUCUCUACUCGGAGUCGAAGUUGGCUCUCGAGACCCUGUUCAACAGAUGGCACUCAGAGAGCUGGGGUAACUUCCUCACUAUUUGUGGUGCCGUUAUUGGAUGGACCCGUGGCACCGGUCUCAUGUCUGGGAACAACAUUGUCGCGGAGGGUGUUGAGGCAUAUGGUGUCCGCACCUUCUCCCAACAGGAAAUGGCUUUCAAUCUCCUCGGUCUUAUGUCACCAACGAUUGUUGACCUUUGCCAAUCGGAGCCUGUAUUCGCUGAUCUCAAUGGUGGCUUGCAAUUCAUUCCAGACCUCCAAAAUCUGAUGAGCAAGCUCAGGAAAGACAUUAUGGAGACUAGCGAGGUCAAACAGUCCGUCACAAAAGAAACCGCCAUCGAAAACAAGAUCGUUAACGGGGAGGAUAGCGAGGCGUUGUACAAGAAAGUCACCAUCGAGCCUCGUGCAAACAUCAAGUUUGACUUCCCUCAUCUACCUGACUGGAAGGAGGAAGUCGAGCCUCUGAAUGAGAACCUCAAGGGUAUGGUCGAUCUUGAGAAGGUAGUUGUCGUCGCUGGCUUCGCCGAGGUCGGACCAUGGGGUAACUCCCGUACUCGGUGGGAGAUGGAGGCAUAUGGCCAAUUCUCACUUGAAGGCUGCGUGGAGAUGUCUUGGAUUAUGGGCCUUAUCAAGAACCACAAUGGCCCCAUCAAGGGCAAGCAAUAUGCUGGCUGGGUCGACGCCAAGACUGGAGAGCCAGUUGAUGAUAAGGACAUCAAGGCUAAAUACGAGAAGUAUAUCCUUGAGCACUCUGGUAUCCGUCUUAUCGAGCCGGAACUCUUCAAUGGCUACGAUCCCAACAAGAAGCAACUUCUGCAAGAGGUUGUGAUUGAGGAGGAUCUGGAGCCCUUUGAGACAUCAAUGGAGACUGCUGAGGAGUUUAGGCGUGAGCAUGGGGACAAAGCAGAGAUUUUCGAAAUUCCUGAAUCCGGCGAGUACACUGUCCGCAUGAAGAAGGGAGCCACCCUCAUGAUACCCAAGGCUCUCAAGUUCGACCGACUUGUUGCUGGUCAAAUCCCCACCGGCUGGGAUGCAAAGAAGUACGGCAUUCCGGACGAUAUCAUAUCUCAGGUCGACCCUGUUACUCUGUUUGUGCUCGUAUGCACGGUGGAGUCUCUCUUGGCAGCUGGUAUCACCGAUCCGUAUGAGUUCUACAAGUACGUCCAUAUAUCUGAGGUCGGUAACUGUAUUGGUUCUGGUAUCGGUGGAACGACAGCUCUUAAGGGCAUGUAUAAGGACCGAUACCUAGACAAGCCUUUACAGAAGGAUAUUCUCCAAGAAUCGUUCAUCAAUACUAUGAGUGCCUGGGUCAAUAUGUUGCUCAUCUCCUCCACCGGUCCUAUCAAGACUCCUGUCGGUGCCUGCGCGACGGCUGUCGAAUCUGUUGAUAUUGGUUACGAGACAAUUUUGGAGGGCAAGGCUCGUGUCUGCUUUGUUGGUGGCUUCGAUGACUUCCAAGAAGAAGGCUCCUACGAGUUCGCCAACAUGAAGGCAACUAGUAAUGCCGUUGAUGAAUUUGCCCAUGGCCGUACGCCAAAGGAGAUGUCGCGGCCCACUACGACUACCAGAAACGGCUUUAUGGAAUCCCAGGGCUGCGGUAUCCAAGUGAUUAUGACAGCCAAGCUAGCCCUCGACAUGGGCGUUCCCAUCUACGGUAUCCUUGGUUUGACAUCUACUGCAACUGACAAGAUUGGCCGAUCAGUACCCGCACCAGGCCAAGGUGUGCUUACAACUGCUCGUGAGAACCCUGGUAAAUUCCCCUCGCCUCUGCUCGAUAUCAAGUACCGUCGCCGCCAGAUGGAGCUCCGAAAGAAGAACAUCAAGCAGUGGCAAGAGUCCGAGCUCGAAUUCGUCCAUGAGGAGGUUGAUGCUAUGAAGGCCCAAGGACAGCAGUUCAAUGAGUCGGAGUAUGCUCAUGAUCGAGUUAUGCACAUCGAGCGUGAGGCUGCCCGUCAAGAACGCGAGGUGCUAGACAGUCUUGGCAAUUCCUUCUGGAAAAAAGACCCAACGAUUGCUCCUCUCCGCGGUGCUCUCGCUACAUGGGGUCUUACUAUUGAUGACCUUGAUGUUGCCUCUUUCCAUGGUACUUCAACCGUCGCAAAUGAUAAGAACGAGUCAUCGGUCAUCUGCCAACAGAUGAAGCAUCUUGGCCGAAAGAAGGGAAAUGCCGUCCUUGGUAUCUUCCAAAAGUACCUUACUGGUCAUCCAAAGGGUGCUGCCGGUGCCUGGAUGUUCAACGGCUGCCUACAAGUCUUGAACAGUGGUCUAGUUCCAGGAAACCGCAACGCCGACAAUGUUGACCAGGUCAUGGAGCAAUUUGAUUACAUCGUCUACCCAAGCAAGAGCAUCCAAACCGACGGCGUCAGGGCUUUCUCCGUCACUUCCUUCGGUUUCGGCCAGAAGGGUGCACAAGCAAUUGGUAUCCAUCCCAAGUAUCUCUUCGCUACCCUAGACGAAGCCACCUACAAGGCCUACUCUACCAAGGUCGAAGCGCGCCAAAAGAAGGCAUACAGAUACUUCCACAACGGCCUGAUCACUAAUACCCUAUUCGUCGCCAAGACCGAAUCCCCAUACCAGGACGCCCAACAAGCCGCAGUCUUCCUCAACCCAGAAGCCCGCGUCUCCGUUGACAAGAAGACCUCCGCCCUCACCUAUGCCCAAGACUUCACCAAAAGCAUCUCCUCGAACAGGAAACCAACCGCAGCGACCAAAGAAAUGGUCGAGUCGCUUGCCAAAGGCGUUGCUACUGCUAGCAACAAGGUCGGUGUCGACGUUGAGGAUAUCUCCGCCAUCAACAUCGAAAACGAAACCUUUGUCGAACGCAAUUUCACCCCUCAGGAGCAAGCAUACUGCCGAAAGGCACCUAGCCCACAAGCCUCCUUUGCGGGGAAGUGGAGCGCCAAGGAAGCGGUUUUCAAAGCGCUUGGUGUAAAGAGCAAAGGUGCUGGUGCCCCGUUGAGGGAUAUCGAGAUCACAAAUAAUGAGAAUGGUGCCCCAGUCGUUAGUCUCCAUGGCGAUGCCGCUGCUGCUGCGAAGAGUACUGGGGUCAAGGAGAUCAGCAUUUCCAUCUCUCACUCUGAAACCCAAGCUAUUGCCAUUGCUGUGUCCACCUUCUAG